AUUGCGUCAUCGGGGGUGUGUUGAGCGGGAGGUGGGCCGAGCCUCCUGUCAAUCAGUGACGCGGGGGACACGUGUGACGGUCAUGGCUGGCGAAGAUGCUGCGCCGCGGCUCUUUGGCUGCAGGGGAAGCGCUCGAGGAGGCAGCUCACUUGCUGGAUGUCGCCGUGAGAGUGUGUGCGAGUGUGUGUGAUGCACACACAAGGAGGACCUUUUUUUGGCGGGGGGGACAGUGUGUCGGAAGUCAGAUGAAUAAUGCAUCCAGUUUGAGCUGGAACCUGUAGCUGCUGAUUGGGACUCCUGCUUGACCGGCUUCGGCGUUGUCCUGCACGCCAGAUUUUUUUUAUUUUUAUUUUUUGCCGAACUGAUGGACUCCUAUAACUCUAAAAUGUCUCACUAUCAUUUCAUCAAAUGCUGUUGUUUCCAGCUAUGUAACGCUUUUCGUCAGAACAUGGAGAUCGACCAGUGUCUGCUGGAGUCUCUGCCCAUCGGCCAGCGCCAGCGGCUGGUCAAGAGAAUGCGCUGUGACCAAAUCAGGGCGUACUACGAGCGGGAGAAGAGCUUACAGCAGCGCCAGCAAGGUGGAGUCAAGGUGCAUCGCAAGAAGCAGCAAGUCCGCUUUAGCCUUGCCGAUGUCCUACAGGACGCCAUCAUCCGCUACGAUGACAAAGAAGUGCUGCGUCUCCUGAAGGAGGGAGCUGACCCCAAAACCCCAAUUUCUUCUGGGGGAUCCUUGCUACACUUGUGCGCUCGUCAUAACAACGUGCUGGCAGCGGAGGUGCUGCUGGAGCGAGGCCUGAACGUCAACCUGCAGGACGAAGACCUGUGGACGGCUCUGCAUGUAGCAUGCGCGUGCGACCAUGCCGACAUGGUGCUGCUUUUGCUUCUGGGUGGGGUGAACGUUCUGCUGCAGGACGUCGACGGGAACGUUCCUCUGGACUAUGCCUCUGAGGGAACCGAGAGUCGCUAUAUUCUGCAAAAACACCUGGAGGAAAACGGUGUGGAUGUGUCUUCUAUGCAUAGCAUGAGGACACAGAGGCCCAACGGCAUGCUAUCCGAUAUUCGACAGCUUGUAGCCGCAGGGGCGGAUCUCAAUCAGCCCAAUGACGAGGGGGUGACCUUGCUUCACAUUGCAUGUGCCAGUGGCUAUCGGGAUGUGGCGACUGUGCUGUUAGAAAACGGGGCAGAUCCUCAUCCUGUGGCCCACAACUUUUGGACACCUCUUCAUCUGGCUGCCAAAUAUGGACAGACGAGCAUCGUUAGUCAACUCCUGAAGCAUGGAGCCAACCCCACAUUGUUGAACUGCAACCAAGACAAGCCCUCAGACAUUGCUGCAUCAGAGCACAUAGCUGACUUACUGCUGAGUGGAGAGACCCGCUGGCCGCACAAGCUGAAGGACCCCCGCACCCCUCUGCUCUCCACGGACCAACACUGUGACGGCGGAUCACAUGACCUCAACACCCCUGUCAAAAAAUUGAACUCUCUGGGCCUCCCCAUAGCGAAACGGGACAGCCUCCUCGAGAAGUGGGCCAUGUUUCGAGAGGCGGGUGGGGCGCUCAGCCGGCAGCCUUCGCUGGAUAACAUCCUGGAUGGCCCCUUCAGUUUAGGAACAACCAAACUGGAACAGGUCAAGCUGAUGCCCCCAGCACCUAACGAUGACCUUGCAUCCCUCAGCGAGCUGACAGACAGCAGCCUCCUCUACGAGAUGCAGAAGCGUUUUGGCAACGACCAAAUAUAUACUUAUAUUGGACACAUUCUUUUGCUGGUCAACCCAAACAAAGAGCUGCCCAUCUACUCCACUUUGGUGAGUCAGUUGUACCUGAGCUCCACAGGCCGCCUAUGCUCCUCUCUGCCCCCUCAUAUCUUUUCCUCGACGGAGAGAGCUUACCACAUGAUGCUCCAGGAGAGACGACCCCAAUGUUUCAUCUUAAGCGGUGAAAGCGGAUCGGGGAAAACGGAGGCCGGUAAGCACAUCGUGCGACACCUGACAGCCAGAUCCAGCCCCAAAGGCUUCGCACUGGAACGCAGAAUGGAACACGUGAAUUGUCUUCUGGAGGCUUUCGGGCACGCAAAGACGGAGAGGAACAGCAACUCCAGUCGCUUUAUCAAACUGUCGACCAUCCAGUACUGUGAGAAGGGGAGGAUGCUGCUCAGAGCGCGUGUGUACACGUACAUGCUGGAGAAGUCUCGUGUGGUCCAGUGUCCUCUUCAGCAACGAAGCUUCAACAUCUUCUAUCUGAUGGAUGAGGGCUUGUCACCCGAGGAAAAGAGCGCACUCAACCUCAGUAACGUCUUGGCUCAUAGGUAUCUUCGUGGAGGACUUCCGGUGGGGAGCCCUCCUGUGGCUGUGGCUUCGACAGCUAGCAGGGAGCGUCUCGGCGCUGUCAAGCAAGCCUUUUAUGCUGUGGGCUUCAACAAGCAGGAAGUGGAUUCCGUGUUUAUGUUGCUCUCCGCCGUGCUCCAUAUUGGGGAUCUGCGUUUCACUGCGCUGACAGAUGGCGAGAGCGCCUUCCCCUCUGACCUGCAGCUGCUUGAGAGAGUGGCUGGAAUGCUGCAGGUGUGUUGCAGUGACUUAUGCAGCGCCCUCACCUCAGAUGUUCAGUACUUCAAAGGUGACGUAAUCACUCGACGGCACACGGUGGACAUGGCCCAGCAGUACAGGGACCAACUGGCCAAGACCAUCUACGGACGUCUUUUCAGCUACCUGGUCAACUGCAUCAAUGACUACCUGCAAGGAAACGACGACAAUGUCUGUGACCCUGCCUUUGAAAUUGCAAUCCUGGACGUCUUUGGUUUUGAAGAAUUUCAGAGGAAUAGUUAUGAACAGCUGUGUGUCAACAUGACCGACGAGCGACUGAGGCGCUACGUCUCUGAGGUGCUAUUCCAGCAGGAGCAGGCUGAGUGUCUGCAGGAGGGCAUCGCCAUGGAAACCCCGCCAUCCCCCAGCAACCAUCCAUCUGCUCUGGACUUCUUUCUUCAGAAGCCUCAAGGACUGCUCAGCGUUUUAGAUGAGGAGAGUCAGAGUCUUUGGCCGACGGAGCAGAACCUCUACAAGAGGUUGUCCACCCAGCUUGAGUCCAACCCGACGCACAGCCUCUCCUUCACCACCAAGGAUGGCAAUGGAAACCCGCCACCCAAAGAUCAAGGCCCCACCUUUACUGUUCGCCACUAUACCGGCCAGAUUGCGUAUGACCUCACAGGAUCGCUCAUAAAAAACAAGGACUCCCUUCCUCAGAACAUCUUGUUUACGAUGAAGUCCAGCGAGAGUGUGUUGCUGCGGCAGCUCUUCCUGGCCAAGUUGACUCAGACUGGUUCGCUGGUCCCAGCAGCCCAAGGUCGGGUCGGGCUCAGGGGCUCCAAAGCUUUACUGCUGCUCAACAGGAUGCCACCAGCCAACCUGGCCAGCAUGCCUCCUCAACCCCACCGGGGUUAUCGUGACCUCACCAAGAUCUUAAAGAAGAAAGGCUCCAGCUCCUUCCUUCAACGUCUAGAGCGCUGCGGACCCAUUACAGUGGCGGUCCAACUGAGGAACUCGCUGUCAGAGAUCAUCAGCAAGCUGCAGGCUUCCACAGUCCACUUUGUGGAGUGCAUGCGCCCCAACGCCAGCGGUCAGCCCGACACCUUCGACACCUCCCACAUGUCCGCACAAUUGCGGCACGUUGGCGUGCUUGAUAUGGUGCACACUUUCCGUUAUGGUUACCCCGUGCGCCUGUCAUUUCCCAUCUUCCUCAACAGAUACAAAGAUCUCACUGUGCCAGCGCUGGGCGACAAGAGCAAAUUGUCGGCGGAGGAGAAGUGUCGCUGUGUGCUGCGGCAGACCAAACUGCAGGGGUGGCAGAUGGGCAGCAGUAAAGUGUUUCUCAAGUACUGGCAGGCAGACCAGCUCAACGACCACUGCUACCAGCUGCAUAAAAAGAUCAUCACCUGCCAGAAAGUGGUACGUGGCUGGCUCGUCCGGCAGCGCGUCCGCCGUCGACUACCGUCGCGGUACAAGGACGAGGGAAGUGUGCAGCGCUUCCUGCAAGGGGCCGAGGACAUGGGGCUGCGCACCUACGACCGCCUAGUCAUACAGAACGCCUCUGACAUCUCGCGAGAGAGCGACCGUUUGCGUUGCCACAGCAACGGCGGCCUCAUCCUUGCCGCCAACCUUGGCAGCAGCCCGCCACUCGGGGAAAGACCCGAUCCGGUUGGCAAGGAGGAGGAACAACCGGUUAAAAGGGUUAUGGAAAAAGUUGGAAAAGUCCAUGAUGUCGCUGGGAACGGGGGAAGCCGAUUCAUUCGCCACUUUCGAUCCAGCUCGGUGCCCGUCCCCCUUGCUAUCGAGAAUUCAACACAGUUCUCCAGCAGCCCGGCCGUCAAACCAGUGCUGCAGCACGUCGCUCACACCAACGUGGACAUUACCAGCAGUUGCGCUGCUUCCUCGCCUCGUAAGCAACCUCCCCCAAAACCAAAAAGAGACCCCAACACACGCCUGAGUGCGUCGUAUGAGGUGGUUAGUGCCGGCUUGGUGAUGGCGGUCAAAGAGAGUGCCACUCCAGAAGGCUACGCUUCGCCAGCUGGGAGUCCCCCCAGAUCUCAGCUGUCCCCGACAGACCCCGCAGGGUCCAAGCCCCGCCCCCACAGCGAUGACUACACGACCAUGAGGAAGGUGCCCCCGCCCAAACCCAAACGCAGUCCCAACACCAAGCUGACAGGCUCGUACGAGGAGAUCAAUGCCGUGGCGCCCCUCCUCCACCAGCUGCGUCCUGCUGAUGUCAAGACAGCCCUGCUGUCGCGCACAGGCGGCAUGAUGCACAAAGCGGCCUCCCUGGAUGCUACGCAGGGCUUAGCGCUGAGUCUCUAUCAGGGCCAGGACGAAGAGGAUAUCUACAUUGAGAUGGUUGGCUCUCAGCCCCGUGCUGAGAGCCUCCAGGAGCCACCCGACAGCCCAGAAGAAGCGGAAUCAGAGGCCGUCUACGAGGAAAUGACCUUCUUCCCUCCUGAUGAUGCUGCGCCUCCUCCUGCCGUUGCAACCAAACCAACCCAGCUGGAUGUUCUCAGCUUCAGCCUGGUUACAUCCGGCAUGUGCCGCCCUCAGAGUGAAGAGAGAAAGCGGGUGACCUCAAGGGUGACGGCAGCUUUGGACAUUGCUUACCCGCAAAAUGCGAUGGUUGGUGGUGCGCCCAGGAUUCAGCAUGGAAAAGAUGGCACCUGUGACAUUCCGGCCCCCUUCCCCAACUUGCUCCCUCAUCGACCGCCUCUCCUGGUGUUCCCGCCGUCCCCCGUCACCUGCUCCCCAGCUUCAGACGAGUCGCCCCUCACUCCUUUAGAGGUCAAGAAGCUGCCAGUGUUUGAGACCAAUCUCAACUACCCCGCAGGUCCAGACAGCCCACUGUCACCUCAAUAUGUGCGGCAGAGGGCAGACUCCUCCCCGAGCCUCACCGUCCUAAUGCCGGAGAAGAAGGCUACCCCUCCACUAACCCCGCCACUUCCGCUUUUGACCACAAGUGGCCCACCUCCUCCAUACAGACCACCUUCCCACUUCCCCUUCCCACCUGAGGCCAGCUUCCUUGCGCUGGCGCGGACCGCUUCUGUCGCCGGAACCCAGUCGGACUCCUCCAAGUCCCUAACGUCACAGAGACCAAGUGUGGAGCCGCCGGGGAAGCCGCCCCCUUACUCCCCGGGGAAGAUGUCCCGGCCAGAACCUCGAAGAGCUCACUCCUGCUCCUCCUCGCCCUUGUUGUUCAACCCAGCAAACGGAAGACCUCUUACCAGUCCCCUGGAUGAGCUCAGCACCUUGUUCAGCACGGGGCGCAGCCUUCUGAGGAAGUCCUCAACGGGACGCAAAAUGCGAGACGGAGGUUUCAACUCCAACAUCAAUUUACCCGGACACGAAGACUGUGGUUCCGCCCCAUCCUCGCCAUCACUGCAGCUACAGGACAAGAACGCCAACAACCAUUCUGUUCAGUCGUCAAGCCACGCCCCUCUCGAGAACGGCAACCAGAUCUCCAAUGGUUCAUUGGAGGACGAGAGUCACGUCAAGUCAAACAUGUCCACAUCCUCUCUGCACAGGCACAUGGAUAGCCACCAUACACAACAGGCGUUCCAGAGGCUACGUCUUUCCAGCGGGGAUGCGGGCAGCACGCUGCGAGAGCUCCUGCGAUGGCGGCAGGCGCAGUGCGGGGGGCGCAAGGGUUGGAAGCACCGUCCGCCGUCUCAGUCUCCGCCCGCGCUGCUCUGGUCCAGCAGGAAGAAUUCGCCGUGACCCGGGACGGGAUGACUGGAGAACACCUGAUAAAGUGGCCUCUGAACACGGCUACCAAAAACUCCCCCAACCCCUGCCAAUUACCAAGCACUUUGUGACUCGAAAGACAUGUGUGGAAGGCCGACAAGCAUGAAGAUUCCCAGGGACAUGUACAGUCAUAUUUAUUUUCAGAAGAUGGCACGGUUGAUGUUUUGAGGGAAAAGGUCAAAGGUCCACCCUCCCAAACAAGGUGCUGCUGAUCAUACUUGAUGAGCGUUCCAGCCACUUUUCAAGUUUACACGUCAACCAUCGCCUUUCAACACACUCCAGGUUCCAAAGUGAUUUCUUUGAGGAGCCCAGCACCGCAACAACGGAGCAGGCUAACUCCCAAGGUGCAUUUCUCUUUGCCACCGGCCUUUGAGGACAAACUCUGGACGGAUGAACUCAACGGCACUUACCUUUGGGGUGAACACGAGACGGCUCCGACUAGCGUACUGUAUGUCAUUGCUUUUUCUGUCAGCGUCCAAGUGUCACGUCUCCGAUAGCUGACCACCAGUGACGAUUGCACAUCCUUGUUUGUCGAAAUAUGCAUAUGAUGGAAUGUGUUGAAAAGUGAAGGUGGAGAAGAAGCGGAUGUGCUCUGGGUUUGUCCAGAAUCUCCACGCAUCUCUUACCCUCUGGAGCACCCACCCCGUGCCACCCCUUUGGUGUUUGACCUCCUCCCUACUUAACGAAUGGCUCCAGCUGUGCGGGUGUUUCCACGGUAAAUGCUGUGUAAAUAGUGAGUGGUGUCGAAGCACAGAGACGAAACUGAUGCUGACUGAGAUGGAAGAAUGUCUUGGGUUCGAUGCAAUGACCGACAGGCUUGUUGUAAAGAUGUGAAUACCUUGUUUUGAGGAACGUCAAUGAAAUAGUUUCUAUUCUAUUUAAUCAUUUUUCAUCCCUCCCGUCUCCUGGCUUGCCAUUUUGUUCCAAUAUCGGAAGAUGUUUGUGUCGCUUCGAUGGACGAUUUAUUGCCCUCGCAAUUGGCCAGUUGGGGCACAAACAACCGCCUGAUCUUUGAAGAUGGGUCGCAAUCAUUCGAGCCGCAAGGUACCAAUAGCUCAAAUUGAUUUCUCAUUCCUCCUGAUCAUCUUCAAUGUGUCUGAUUGAUUCUGCCUUCUCGAUCAAUUGCGGCUGUGUUCCGUGCAAGGCGAUGCGCUCCGCAAGGAUACAUCAGAAGGCGCCACUCAUCCACCUGACUGGAUGAGUGUUAAUUACUGGCACCUCGACAUCCCUUUUUCAACUUUAAUCAUGAUGAGGUAUUGGCUUGCUCAAUGGAGGAUUUUUAACCCAUCUACCUUCAACAUCUCUCCAACAAGUGUUUCGAGUUCAAAUUGUUGUGGUGCACAUCUUGCAUUUCGGUUUGUGGUUUGUUGGACCGCUUUCCGGGCACGGACAUGGAAUGGCUGUCGAACAGUGAGUAUGCUCCUUCAGAGGUUGGACCAGAGCCAGAAUGGCAGAAUUUAUGGACAUCCAAAGACAAUUAAUAUCACAUCUUCUGUUACUGCUCUGAUGAAACCACUUCUGGCUAAUGGAAGAAGGCAACUGUUUGACAGAUAUCGUAAACUUUGGCAGCUAUUCGAGUGUGAUAUCGGAGUAAGGCUGCAUUUGAAGGCCAAUGAUGUCAUCAUACUAACCAAUUCAAAUGCAACCCACAAACGUGGUGCUCGUCUCUCGUUUUUGCACUCCCACUCUUCAUAUCUUACUACAUGGUGUGAAACUCAAGGCCCGGGGGCCAGAUCUUGUCCGCCACAUCAUUUUAUAUGGCCCGCAAAAGCAGCUCUAACAUGUCAACUUCCAUGAUCCUUUCUAAAAUGUCUACCGAAAUUUUAAAUUCUCAUCUGUAAUGAAUAAGAUAUAUUUUAAGCAUUUUCUUGUUACCAAACCCCUCAUGGUCCUAACUUAUACGAUACUUGAAUCAAGUUAUUCUUGACUUCUUUAUAUGGUUUCAGUCAUAACGGCCCUCCAGGUAAAACGGUAACUAAAAUGAGUUUGACACCCCUGUCUUACUACAUCCCCUAAUUCCUGGCGUAGCGACUCAGCAUAUUCACGGUCGGCUUUUGGGAGCAUUGUGACUCAUAUUUCAAGACUCGCAGAAUAGUGCCCUCUGUGACAAUCCCAGCAGCAAGCUGGAGCUGGAUCAAGCUUUUUCCCUUCUUUAGCCUUCACCAGAGGAACAUGGGUCAAGUCAUUUUUCUUCUCCCCAAAAAACUAA